CUUCCAACUAUUUUGUAAUAACAAUUAUGUUAAUUUUCAAUAAAUUUGAUACAAUAGUAUCGCUGCGUAUUAUGUUAAUUUAAAUUUUGAAGAUAAGAAAGUGACUAAUCUUUAACUUGCGAUUAACAUACCAUUGUUCUACUUAAAAUAAUUUGUAUAAAAUUUAGAAAAAAAAUUUAGGUAAAAGUAAUAUAAAGUAAUUUUAUUUUUAGUUUUAAUACAUUUUCGAAAACUAAAAAUUCCAACCAUAUGUUGUAACGGUAAAUAUUUUUCUCUCGAUUUUUGUUAAAUGUAUUUGUGAAGUUACAUAAUGCAACAAUUAAAUAUAUAACAAAUGGAUGAAAGAAUUAGUAUUCGUGACAAUACAAAACCACUGAGGAAAUAUGGAAGCAUUAAUAGUAACUCCAGUUUUUUACCAAACGCACAAUAUGUUAAACAUAUUGUCUCUGAAACUGACACAUUGCAAGGCUUGGCGUUAAAGUAUAGUGUAACUACCGAACAAAUAAGAAAAGCGAAUCGUCUAUUUACAAAUGAUAGCUUAUUCUUGAGGGAACACUUGUAUAUACCAACAGGAGAUGUUAAUGCUACAAAAAAUAAUAAUGAAAUUAUAAAAAAUAAUGAUGAAUUGAAGUCACCAUCAUGCAAUGAAUAUAAUUUAGAUGAUUGCAAUAAUUUCCUUAACAAAAUUGACAGUAAAAUUGCCAGUGCAAGAGCACAAGUUAUUGAAAGUCAAGAUAGAAGUGUAUAUUGUCCAGAAGAACAAGUAAUUUUUACUCGUGAGAGAUUGUCAAUGCGUAGAAUUCAGGGUAUUUCUUCUGCAGUUGAUGAUUUACCAGUUAUCAUAACACAAAAUAAAAAACUGAUGAAUUCCAGACAACGAUUAGAACAAAAAGAAGAAGAAAUGUUUUCUCUGUGAUAUAAAAUAAUUUUAUUUAGUUAAUUUUACAUAUGUUAGUUUUAUUAAUCUAGUAUUUUUCGUUUUUGUUGAGUAAGCAAUUAAAUUUUAGUUGACAAUUUAAGAAUAACAGUUAUAUUUUCUGAACUAAUUUCAUACU